AUGCCUGACGGCCUAAACCCCGAUACCCUCGACACCCUAACCGAACUCGCCGUGCUGCUCAACCGCCUGCGCACCCCAUCCAGCACCGCAACAGGCAACACGCCCGCACCCACGCCCUCUCAGCAACCUCCUCCUCCUCCAUCCCACCGACACGCGCAGCCGCAGAACCAGUCCCAGGCGCAAACUAACAACGGCGCCACGACGACGACCAACACAGGCGAGCUAGCCCUCAAGGAGAUCCCACCUGCCGCCGACGUCCUUAAACACCGAUUCCAGCGCGCGCGCGUGUUGAUCCGCGGUCUGCCUGAUAUGAGCCGCACGAUACCCAAUCAGGAGACCGAGAUUGCGGCGCUAGAAGCACGGCUCGCGCGACAGCGGGAUAUGCUGGAUAAGCUGCGCGAGAUGGGCGCGCAGUUGGCGGCGCAGCAAGACGAUGGGGACCGCGAUAGGAUGAUUACGGAUUGA